AUGAGCCAGCAGUCACAAACUGGGCGUGCGGCCUCAUUUAAUCGCGGCUACAAUGGCGGCGUCGACGGGCCUCAAAUCUACUCGGCGUCGUAUUCGGGUGUCGAUGUGUACGAGAUGGAAGUAAAUAACGUGGCCGUCAUGCGCCGUCGCCACGAUUCCUGGCUGAAUGCCACGCAGAUUCUCAAAGUCGCCGGCGUCGACAAGGGAAAGCGCACCAAGAUCCUCGAGAAGGAGAUUCAGAUUGGCGAGCACGAAAAGGUGCAGGGAGGCUACGGCAAAUAUCAAGGCACCUGGAUAAAAUUCGAGCGAGGAGUCGAAGUCUGCCGCCAGUACGGUGUGGAAGAGCUGCUGCGACCAUUGUUGACCUACGAUAUGGGUCAGGAUGGCGGUGUUGCAGGCCGAGGCGAUUUCAACACCCCAACCAAGGAACAAGCCAUGGCAGCACAGAGGAAACGCAUGUACAAUGCUGGAGGGGAUGGAAGACCCAAUGGUCUGUCGGGCACCUUUUUCAAGAACAUUUCCAGCACGGCCUCACACGCAGUUGCUGCUAUCAGCAAAGCUCGUUUUGGCUCCCCUGGACCCCGAAGUCGAAAUGGCCCAUCAAGAGCCCCCAGCUUUAGCCGCCAACCUUCGAUGCAAAAUGGCGAUGAUUUCCCCGGCAACUCGCAGCAAAGUUACACCUCCGACUAUACCAACCAAGGCGUCGACUCUGCUUACUCCACACAACAGCAGCAGCAACAGCAGCAACAACAUCAACAGCAGUCUCAGCAUCAACAGCAACAACCAAAUGGCAGUGUGAGCAUGCCCGACAACGAGCCGCCUAGAAAACGUGCACGAGUCACCAUGACUCCCGCCGACAGCUUCGGGGCCUAUGGGCAGAACAUGGAGGUAUAUGCCAACGCCUUUCCGGGGUCGCCCACGGAACCGAACGAGUCCUUUGUAUAUACCCAGCAAAGCGCACUCAACGAUCGCGACGCCGUCGACGAAGGCAAGGGCCCGUCACCCCCGCUGCCCUAUGAGAUGUCUCCUGAUGUAGAGAUGAAGCGAAGCAUGCUGAUGGGUCUCUUCAUGGACUCAGCUACAGAGGAGUUAUCACAUGAUAUGCUUCAGACAUUUACGCCUCUCGAGCUUGAUAUGCCCAUCGAUCCUCAAAGCCACACCGCCCUUCACUGGGCGGCUACACUAGCACGAAUGCCUCUUUUGCGAGCUCUCAUCACGGCUGGAGCCUCGCCGCGACGGGUGAAUGCAUCGGGAGAGACUGCCCUUAUGCGGGCAUGCCUUGUUACAAACUCCAUGGACCAGGGCUCAUUCCCAGACCUUCUUGAGGUUCUGGGAGGUACUAUUGAGUUUCGCGAUCACAAGGGACGAACCGUUUUGCACCACAUCGCAGUGACGAGUGCGGUCAAAGGCCGCAACGCUGCCAGCCGAUACUAUCUUGAGAGUUUACUGGAGUGGGUAGUACGACAGGGCAGCGUCCCCAACAGCCAAGCAACACAGUUGAAUGGCAACGGUAUCAACGGUUCACAAUCCAUUCCCAAAAUGGGCAUUGCUCGAUUCAUGUCCGAGAUUGUCAACGCCCAGGACAGCUCAGGGGACACAGCACUCAACAUCGCAGCUCGGAUUGGAAACAGGAGUAUAAUAUCUCAGCUUCUCGAGGUCGGAGCCGAUCCAGAGAUUGCUAACCGAGUUGGCCUACGGCCCCUGGAUUUUGGUAUUGGCGGUGAAAAUGCCGAAGGAAAACUGAACGGCGAUGCCGCUGCUGAGAAGAACGGCGCUCCGGGAUCCAGCCAGCGGAGUCGUGAGAGCAGCGAUGAGAUUAUUGAUUCCAUUACUCAUCUCCUAAACAAAACUGGUGCCACUUUCCAGCAGGAAAUGAAAAGCAAACAAGCUUCUCUGGACAACCUACAUUCUACCCUCCGAACAACCUCCACCCAACUAGGAGAGGCCCGCCGAAGCGUCGAGCAAAUCACUGCCACCCUCAAGAAACAGCAACUAGCCCGCCAAAAGGUCGCCAACCUUACCCAUGCUCGAGAAGACGACCAAUUCAGAAUCAUGAAUGAGCAAUCCAACGCCGCUCAGUCCAACCCAUCGUCAUCAUGGGAAACCGAACUCGCCGCUAUGCUAGAGGCUGCAGACGAGGCGUCAACGUCAGGUGGCUUCGCUAGUGAGGGAAUGCUGCCUUCUGCGACGAUCCUACGAGCACGAAUCCGCGCCAUCGAGAGCCGCAGAGAAGUUACCCGCAAAAUGGUCAUGGCCCUCAAGGGAAGGAGCCGCGACGUCGAAGUUAAGUAUCGUCGUGUUGUUGCUCUGUGCACGGGCGUCCCGGAGACGGAAGUGGAUGCCGUCGUUGACGGGCUCCUCAAGGCUGUUGAAAGCGAGAAAGACGAGCUGGAAAUUGGAAGGGUAAGGAGAUUCCUUGGAGGAGUCGAGGGCGUAGUGCACUAG